UGCUUUGAAGAUUGCGAGCCCACGACGGUCCUGAUCCUUGCAAGGGGCUGUUGCGCGCCCUCUCGCGCAAUGGGAGUACUUGUGGGUGACAGAUCUGCAGUCAGAGUGGUCUUCUUGGCACCUGCUUCUGCUAGAAAAUUGCUGCCUGCCAAAGGGGGACUGCGUAGAGAAAAACUGCUGCAACACUGACCCCCCACCCCACCCCCAGCCACCCCCAUUUUUGUGGCUGGCAAAGCAACCAAGCCUUCGUUGGUCCGUUCAGAAGAGACAUGGCUGGAGCCCCUUCGUCUGCCCUUUGGGACCCCGUGACUUUCGAAGAAGUUGCCAUCUACUUUUCCCGGGAGGAAUGGGAGGAGCUGGCUGACUGGCAGAAAGAGCUCUACAAGGAUGUCAUGAGGGACAAUUACGAGACCCUGGUUUCUUUAGGUCUUGCUGCCUCCAAGCCCAACAUCAUCCAGCGGAUUGAGCAAGGGGAGGAGCCAUGUGUUGAGAGGCCCCAAGAACGGAGGGCAGGCGAGAUUCCAAGUGAUGUCUCUUCAGGCAACCAGUUACUGAUAAAGAAAGAGUGCUGCCGACAGGAAAAUCUCGAGCAAGUGCCAUGGCACCUGGUGCGUCCAGAGGCAUCUGUGGGGAGUCUGAAUAAUGGAAGGGUCUAUGAAUUGCCCACCUGGCCAGGAGCCCAUCUCAGUCACUCAGCCUUGACUGGGAUGGCUCCACUGCCUCCCUGGCAUACUGAACUCCGCUGGGCAAACUGCACUGUGGCAGGCAAGGAGCCAACACCCAUCGAGCUUCAUGCAGGGCAUUCCGGUACCCCUGUGGGUGCCUUCUGGCCUGUGCAUAUUGCUGUUCCUCAGCCCAGUACUCAUGAGGAGAUGCUGCUGAUCUGCACCCAGUGCCAAAAAUGCUUCCCUGCCCGUUCUGCUCACAGUGUCCCCGCUGUGGCACCAACAGGAGAGGUGACCCAAGUUUGCCCUGAGUGUGAGAGUGGCCAUGUGAAGAGCUCUCCUGCUGCCAUUGCAGACCAGCAAAGCCACGUUAGAAAGCAGUCUUGCACAUGUACACACUGUUCAGUGUUCAGUGUCCGUCAGAGAGUUCCCAAAGAGGAGAGGCCCUACAAGUGUGGGAAGUGUGACAAGAGCUUCCGGUACAUGCACGAGUACACGUGGCACCAGAAGGCACAUGCUGGAGAGAAGAUCUACAAGUGCAGUGAGUGCGAAAAGGUCUUCCGGCACAAGCAGGAACUCAUGUGGCACCAGCGGACCCACACAGCAGAGUGGCCCCACAAAUGCAGCACAUGUGAGAAGAACUUCCGUUUCAAGCAGGAGCUGACGUGGCACCUGAAAACCCACUCUGUGGAACGACCUUACAAAUGUGCUGAGUGUGAGAAGAGCUUCCGGUUCAAGCAGGAGUUCAUGUGGCACCAGAGGGCCCAUGUUGGAGACCGGCCUUACAAGUGCUCCGAGUGUGAGAAAAGCUUCCGAUUCAAGCAGGAGUUCACCUGGCACCAGAGGAGCCACGCUGGAGAGAAGAUCUACAAGUGUCCAGGCUGCGAUAAGAGCUUUCGGUACAAGCAAGAAUUUAUCUGGCACCAGAGAAUCCACACCGGGGAACAGCCCUACCCGUGUGCUUCAUGUGAUUCCACCUUCACUUGCAGGCAAGAGUACAUGCGCCACCAGCGGCUGCAUGAUGGGGAGAAGCCCUACCAGUGCCCUCACUGUGAUAAAACCUUCCGCCGGGGCUCUACCUUGAUCAGGCAUCGGCGGAUCCACAUGAGCGAGGGGCCUUUCAAAUGCUCUCACUGCGACAGAACCUUUGGCCAGAGUGCCAACCUUAUCAAACACCUGCGGAUCCACACAUUGAAGAGUGAGACUGGGGAGAAUACGGCAGAAUGGGGCCCCUGCUCGCAAAGCUCGGGUACGCCGGUUCAGCAAGAGGCGGUGAGCGUGCUGAGCCUGAAAACUGUUUCUGUUGGUGCACUUUUCUUGCUAAAUCUGCCGGAGCCCAAGCCGGGAAAAGGCCCAGCCAGGGAGUCCAAUAUUUGGGAACCUCAAAUAUGA